AUGUCAAUUACUACCGAUAGUUUGGGGGAGGCAAGUCUCGCUUCCAACGCUGGGUCUAUGAGCACAUCUAUAAGCACACCUGCGAGCACACCUGCGAGCACACCUGCGAGCACACCUGCGAACACAUUUGUGCGUUUCACCCAUAUUCGAGAAUGCGAUUCAGAUGAAUGGAUCGGUGCUAUUGCUCAAGUCAGUGCCGGCGACCUGAACAAGACCCCCAAAAUCCAGGACAGAUACGCUAAAACUUCACAGAACUCCGUACGCCCGCCAGCCCAGGAAGAUUCUCCCCCCGUGACAGUACUCCAACUCGAGAAUGGUAGACCCAAGCGGGCUUACCAGGUUCCUCCGCGUAAUGCUGAGCACUUGUCCCGGUUCCAGGAGAAGGACCUCCACUCGAUGCGCCGACAAUGGCGACAGGAGGCAUACGCAAGGCAAUUCGAGAUGGAGGAGAGAGACGAUGUCCUAGCUCCGUACUGCGAGAACCACCACCGCAGGGACUGCGGAUGUGUACUGCAGCAAUCGCGACUGCGGCUGCGGCAACAGCAGCGGCAGCAGGGAUGGUCACCAACAGCACCUGAAGGGGGAAGCAGAGAGGAGCUAUCCCUUGAGACCCCAGUUGCCAUGGCUUGCGAUGUCCUAGAAGGCUUCACGAGGAACAGCGAUGCUGCGGCAGGCCAGCUGUUUGAUGUGGAGAGAGGAGAUGGGAGAGGGAGAGGAAGAGUUUGCGAGGAGUAA